AAAUAAAAUAUAAAAAUAAAGAGAAAAAGAGAGAGAAAAUGCGAGAAAGAGAAGACCUUUGUGGCAUUGUCUAAUUGUAUCCACUGAAAAAGCGCGAUAAAAAGCGAGUCACCGACCAAGCAAGUCGCCGGUGAAAAUCCGAUGCAGUCCACUGACAACGGCGGCGGAAAAGGAGGAGGUGGUGAGGUGAGUCGAGGUGGGUUGUCUCGGAUCCGUUCAGCUCCGGCGAAUUGGAUUGAAACCCUACUCCAGGAUGAUGAAGAAGAUGAUUUGAAACCUGACCUCUGUUUAACUGAGCUUCUCACCGGAAACUCGUCCGGAAUAACGAGUCGUGACUUGUUUGAGUUCCCGAGUGCUGUUGAGCAGGGAUUGUACACUAACCAAGGUGGCUUUCACCGCCAGAACAGCUCUCCUGCGAAUUUUCUCGGUGGCUCUGCUGCUGGGAGUGAUGGGUUUUUCUCAAAUUUCGGGAUUCCCGCUAACUACGACUACUUGCCGCCGCCGAACGAUGACAUUUCUCCGGCGAGUAAACGGUCGAGGGAGUUCUCUUCUCAGUUGAAAGAAGAGCAAAUGAGUGGUGGUGUAUCAGGGAUGAUGGAGGAUAAGCUUCUUGAGGACUCGGUUCCUUUUAGGGUUCGUGCUAAACGCGGAUGUGCAACUCAUCCUCGUAGCAUUGCUGAGCGGGUGAGGAGAACGCGGAUAAGUGACCGGAUCAGGAGGCUGCAAGAACUUGUUCCUAACAUGGAUAAGCAAACCAACACUGCAGACAUGUUAGACGAAGCUUUGCAGUAUGUGAAAGCUCUUGAAAGCCAGAUCCAGGAGUUGACGGAGCAGCAGAAGAGGUGCAGAUGCAAACCUAAGGAAGAAAAUUAAGGUUUUAGGAUUGAUAUACAUAUAUAUAUAUAUAUAUAUAUAUAUUAUUAAAAAUAUAUAUUUUCAAAUAUUUUUCAAAAAAUUUCUUCGGUUUACGGUGCUGGUUGGAUUUGAUAUUGGUUAUGGGAUAUAAACUUUAAGAACCGUUCGAAUAUAUACGUCAGGUCUAAUAGAGUAUGAGACUUUUAUUUUUGAGUCGAUUCUGAGUCGGGUUUUUUGGAUACAAAAUAUUCUUGAUUAGUUAUGUUAGGUAACUAAUAAGAAAAUAUAAUAUGUUACAAACUUUAGGAAUAAAGUGAAAAUAGUUUAUGAUAUGCAUAUGACAGAAGUGUACAUUUAUGCAACUUAACAUAUUUAAUAUAGUUACCAAAAUGAUAUUAAAUUAAUAUUAAACACAAAUAUGAGUACAAAAAAUAACAUAAAUAUAAAUAUUAAAUUUUACAAAAAAAAACCGUAAACAAAAAAUAUACCCACCAUUUCAAGGGUGGAUCAGAAUCUAGUAUUUUUUAAA